AAAAAAAAAAAAGGAAUUUAUAAUGAUUAUGCAUACACUUGGAAGCGCGACGCUGCUUCUGGCCAUCAGUUCCAUGGCACUGGCAGCUGCCCCUACUGCUCCCUCCGGUUCCUCACAACAGCUCGCCAAAUGCUUAAAGUCAUUGGGUAGUAAAGUCAUUACCAGUGCAAACUCUGGAGCCUAUGAGAAGGAACGCUAUGCAUUUGAUUUGCGGUAUACAUUUGAACCCGAGGUCAUUGUCAAGGCCUCCUCUGCAGCUGAUGUUCAAUUAGCGGUCAGGUGUGCUAAAGAUGCCAAUGUCGCUGUGGCACCUCGAUCAGGUGGCCAUUCCUUUGAGGGCUAUUCCAUCGGCGGCCAGGAUGGAUCCCUGGUCAUAGACUUGGCUGGCCUGGGUACAGUCAAAGUGACAGGCUCUAAAGCCAAGGUCGGGGCUGGUGUCCGUCUUGGAAAGCUCUAUCUCGAGUUAUUUAAACAAGGAGGCUGGACCAUCAAUGCAGGAACAUGCCCCAGUGUCGGCAUUGGCGGACAUGCUCUUGGUGGUGGAUUUGGAUUACUCUCUCGUAAAUAUGGUCUUUUGAUUGACCGUAUUGAAGAGAUGGAGGUCGUUAACGCGGAUGGUGAACUCCUGAAGGUCUCUGCUACCAGCCACCCAGAUCUGUUCUAUGCACUCCGUGGUGCUGGCGGUGGAUCCUUUGGCGUUGUCACCUCCUUCACUAUCAAACCUGUCAAGCCUGCUUCCAAGGUGACUUCCUUCACAUAUGAGUGGAAUCUUUCAGACAACGAUGAUGUUCUCAAGGCCUAUCUAGAAUUCCAGAAGGGUAGCCGCGACGUCGGUGUCGAAAUGAAUGUCGCUCCCGACGGAUUGAUGAUGUAUGGAAUAUUCCAGGGGACUAAGAGCCAAGCUGCUGCUGCUAUGAAGUCUUUCUUCAAUGCUGCUCCCAAGCCUAGAGGCUCAGAUGUCCGUGAGGAGCGACAUAUUGAUGCUCAACUUCGUUUCGCCUUCAUUUCCGGCCCUGAUCCCAAGAACAUUGAGGGCUUGGCUCUUCGACCUCCUUAUUAUCCUGGCGACUCUCGUUAUACCAAAGGCAAGUCCCUGGUCUACCCUACAAUGCUUAAGGCUUCUACUAUUGCUUUGUUUGGCAAAUGGGGUGCUAUAAAACCAAAGGGCAUGACUGCCAACUACCUCAUUAUCGACCUCUGGGGCGGUGCUGUCAAGGACACGUCUGCUUCCGCUACUUCCUUUAUCCAUCGCGAUGCAUACACUGUCGUCGAGUUCGUUGCUGAGUGGGAUGCAAAUCCCAAGGCCAAACCCGGCAAACCUGAUUGCAAGCCUUGCCUGAAGUGGAUGGAUGACAUGUAUGAGGAGCUCUUAGCCGACUACAAAGAGAAUUACUCUGAAACUGUGCGUGGAUACCAGAACUACAUCGACUUGGACAUCCCUAACUGGUUAGAGGCCUACUACGGCUCUGCUGUCCCUCGCCUAAAACAGAUCAAAUCCACAUACGACCCUUCUAACGUUUUCAGAUUCCCACAGAGUAUUCCUCUGGAGUAAAUAGUAUAAAUAUUUUUUUGUCUUCAACAUUCUUAUAGCCUUGCACAUUUUUUUCAAAAGAAAUACACGGGAUGUUUUCCUUUUUCUUUUUUAUGUAGAUGUGUAUUUAAUAAUAAUAGUAGUGUACAAGAUAGAUCAUAAAUUUUUGCACUCCUUUUUUUUUCUUUUU